AUGAACGAAUGCGCCAAGGCAAUGUUAAACCAUUACAAUGGCGGCGAGUGCAUUCACUUACAUUUAAGGUCAUUCAUGAAUACGGGAAUAAGGCUGGUAUUCACACUAUGCAGAUACAUAAUUUAUUAUUCAUCACAUGCAUUAGUGCACACUCAUUCUUCGGCAGACGGUACAUUUGAAUGCCAGCUACCUAUGCUUCGUUCACACACUCAUCCGGCAGCUACCAAACUGCUUGAACUAUUUUUCAAUAGAGUCCAUUUGGCACCAAUGUGUUGUCCGCAACAAUUUGUCUCUUCGGUUAUACUUUGUCGACUAAACUUGUUGGGACAGUGCUCUUCAACUUCUCAUUCUCUUCAGCGCGUUUCUUCUCCCACUUGCUAA